UCCGGGCAGCCGGGCUUGGACUUCCCCGGGUUGGCCGCCGUCGCCACCGCCGCCAUGGACCCGUUCCUGGUGCUGCUGCACUCGGUGUCCGCCUCGCUGUCGAGCGACGAGCUGAGGGAGCUCAAGUUCCUGUGCAACGGGCGUGUGGGCAAGCGGAAGCUGGAGCGCGUGCAGAGCGGCCUGGACCUCUUCUCGGUGCUGCUGGAGCAGAACGACCUGGAGCCCGAGCGCACCGACCUGCUACGCGAUCUGCUCCUCGAGCUGCGGCGCCAUGACCUGCUGCUGCGCCUGGAGGCCUUCGAGGCGGGGGCGGCGAGCGGGCCGGCGCCGGGGGCGGCAGACCUGCGUGCAGCCUUCGACAUUGUGUGCGACAACGUGGGCAAGGACUGGCGGCGGCUGGCGCGGCAGCUGCGGGUCUCGGAUGCCAAGAUCGACGGCAUCGAGGAGCGCUACCCACGGAACCUGUCCGAGCGGGUGAGGGAGUCUCUGCGGGUCUGGAAGAACUCGGAGAGGGAGAACGCCACGGUGGCCCGCCUGGUGGAGGCGCUCAGGGCCUGCCGGAUGAACCUGGUGGCUGACCUGGUGGAGGAGGAGCAGCAGACCCGGGACCCCCAGAACCAGAGCGGCACCGCAUCCCCGAUGCCGUGGGACUCGGGAUCACCCUGACGGGGAGCCGGGCGGGGGAAGGCCCGGUCCCAGCGGCCCUGUGCCUGCCACUUGUGUGGCAGAGCUGCGUUAACCCAGCGCCCCUGUGUGACAGGCAGGCAUCUCUCUGUGGCCUCAGGAGAGGGUGUCUGCAAAUGAGCCGGCGACACCAUCUCACACGGGUGAGGGCAGAGGGUCAGCAGUGACCGGCGAGCGGGGCCUGAGCCCACCCUGCCCCACCAGGUCAGCAGGUGCACCUGGACAUGGUCCUGGAGUCCGGAGACCCCGCUCAGGCCGUAACCGGCGCUUGAUUCACACCACAGGACCCUGGUGGUCGCGGGGCUGCCGUGCUGUGUGCCACACGCCCCAACAGGGGCGACCCUGAGGAGGACCACGGUCCCGGUGACUGCAUUUUGCUGAUAUUCUGCUCAGAGCCAUGUUUCUCUAACGAGCCAGCCAGGAGGCAGGAGCCUUCACUUGCGAGCUGGCCUCUUGCUGCCAGCUCAGCCAAGCAGGUGCCUUACGCUGGGAAGCCCGUGGCCGGAGCCUCCUCUGUCCCCAGCGCCGUCUGCUGCAACCCAGGACUGGGUGGCCUGUCCCCUUGACGAUGCUGCCAGCGUGGCUGGGUGUUCCUUGGGGCUGGGCCGGCCAGGCCCUUGGUCCCCCACUGCCUGGCGCUGGCCAGCCUGGAGGCCAGUCUUGCCUCCAGCAGGAUCCAGAGGCCAGCCUCUGACAAGGCCCCUCCUGGCCUCUUACCCUGCAGGCCCCACGAGGAGAGGCGUGGGGUGUCCCUGGCGUUUAGAACCUGGGCCUCCUGCCCCUCGCUCCCCCAACCCCAGGUGUAGCUGGAGCUCUUGGCUGACCCCUGUCGCUCUGGCCCCACGAGGGCCUCACCCUUCUCUCGGCCCUGAGGACCUAGCCCUUGACACCCAAGCACCAGGAACAACCCGUGUGGGACCACGGACGGGAUCUGGGGCCCUGCUCCUUUUCCUUUUGUGCUUUUUAUUUCUGUUGUAGCUGCUCCGCGUCAUGUUGCCUGGGUGGGGCAGGCCAGCACGUGGAUGUGACAGAGGGACCAGUCACCUUGCAGCUGCUCCAGGACAGGCGAGAGCCGUCUGGGACGGGGACACGUGGCUGCAAGACCACCUCCUCGGGGCUCGGACUGGGUGGAGAUCCACCGUGGGAAUCUUGUCCACCCAUGAAAGGAAUGGCCACCAAGGAACAGAGGCCAAUUUGGACACAAAUGGGGUGUUUGUCAAGCGAGCGGAUGCGUGGGGCGGCCACGUGUGUGUGGCACACGCACUGGGGACAGCUUGUGUUCAGAAUGGGGGAGGAGGUCCCGGCGACUGCGCUGUGUCGGUUGACAACUGUGAGCCUUCCCUGCCGCUGGGCGGGAUCAGUGCUGUGCCUGACCAAGUUAUUAAAUGCCGCAAAUUUGGUAAUGCACUUGACCUGACCUGUGUCCUGGCGGGGCGGGGUGUUCCCUCCCUGGCAGAAGUGUGAGCUGUUAGGGACCACGUGUGUGUCUGCUGCUUUGUGCGUAGUGUCUGUAGGGGAGGGCGGCUCUGCUCCCUCCCUAGUGGCCCCAGGGCCGUUGGGGCACAGUUUGCAAUGGAGAGCGUGGUCCCAAGCCUGCUCCCAGCCCCUGAGCAGCGGGCUCGCAGCCCUGCCUGAGCCCUGGCCUUGCUCGCAGCUCAGAUCCGGCUCAGCCCGCCUGGCGUGGCCCACCUGCCCCUCUCUGCCGCUCCCUGCGUUCCAGGCCUGAGGGAAAGCAAACACUGGGCAGGGCAGGGCAGGGCCACCAGCAGUGUCCCGCACCUGGAGUCGGCCCCAAGCAUGGCACUCCCCAGGUGGGCUUAAUGCUGGCACAGCUCCACGCCCUCAGUCACUUCUCCUGUAAAUUCUUGGUGGUGGGCUCACAGCCCAGGCUGGGACUGUCUGGCCUCUGACCCCACUGAGGAACCCCCUCCCAGGGCUCGUGGGUGGCAGGCCAGUAAGUUGGGGUGUGGGUGCCGCUGAGCCAGCCCCGGGAGUGGGUGAGAUGGCAUGUAGCAGCUGAGAAGCUAGGCACGUUUUCCGGGGGGAAGUGGCAGCAAGAAGCCCCAGUGACGGACAGGCCACUGAAGGAAUCCAUCUCCAGUGGGCUCUGGGGCCCUCGGACAAAUGGAGCCAUGGUGGUGAGGCUGUGUGCCUGCUGGUGCUGGGGGAAGCCUCG